AGACGAGGGAUGUUAUUUUGGGCAGUGUAUCCGGACUUGGCUCAAGUGGCACCAGCCAAACCCCAGCCUUACUGACCUCUCCCCUAGAGGAGCAGGAGCAGUGCUUGAGGCCGCCCUGGGAGGGCUGAGAGGCAGGCUCUGGACUGGGGACACAGGGAUAGCCGAGCCCCAGUUGGGAGUGGAAGCUGAGCCAGGGACCGUCUUGGAGGAACAAGAUCAAGAUGCACUUUAACUGAGAAGCCCCCAAGGCAGAGGCUGAGAAUCAGAAGGCAUUUCAGCAGACAUCUACAAAUCUGAAAGACAAAACAUGGUUCAAACAUCCAGGCACAGGCGGUCCACCCGUGGCUCCAAAAUGGUCUCCUGGUCCGUGACAGCAAAGAUCCAGGAAAUACUGCAGAAGAAGAUGGUGCGAGAGUUCCUGGCCGAGUUCAUGAGCACGUAUGUCAUGAUGGUGUUCGGCCUUGGUUCCGUGGCCCAUAUGGUUCUAAAUAAAAAAUACGGGAGCUACCUUGGUGUCAACUUGGGUUUUGGCUUCGGAGUCACCAUGGGAGUGCACGUGGCAGGCCACAUCUCUGGGGCCCACAUGAACGCAGCUGUGACCUUCGCUAACUGUGCACUGGGCCGUGUGCCCUGGAGGAAGUUUCCGGUCUAUGUGCUGGGGCAGUUCCUGGGCUCCUUCCUGGCAGCUGCCACCAUCUACACCCUCUUCUACACGGCCAUUCUCCACUUUUCGGGUGGACAGCUGAUGGUGACCGGUCCCGUUGCUACAGCUGGCAUUUUUGCCACCUACCUUCCUGAUCACAUGACACUGUGGCGGGGCUUCCUGAAUGAGGCGUGGCUGACCGGGAUGCUCCAGCUGUGUCUCUUCGCCAUCACGGACCAGGAGAACAACCCAGCACUUCCAGGAACACAGGCGCUGGUGAUAGGCAUCCUCGUGGUCAUCAUUGGGGUGUCCCUCGGUAUGAACACAGGAUAUGCCAUCAACCCGUCCCGGGACCUGCCCCCUCGCGUCUUCACCUUCAUUGCUGGCUGGGGCAAACAGGUCUUCAGUGAAGGGGAGAACUGGUGGUGGGUGCCAGUGGUGGCACCACUUCUGGGUGCCUGUCUAGGUGGCAUCAUCUACCUGGUCUUCAUUGGCUCCACCAUCCCACGGGAACCCCUGAAAUUGGAGGACUCUGUGGCGUACGAAGACUACGGGAUAACCGUAUUGCCCAAGAUGGGAUCUCACGAACCCACGAUCUCUCCCCUCACCCCUGUCUCCGUGAGCCCUGCCAACAGAUCUUCAGUCCACCCUGCCCCACCCUUACAUGAAUCCAUGGCCCUAGAGCACUUCUAAGUAGAGAUUAUUUGUGAUCCCAUCCCUUCCCCAAUAAAGCAAGGCUUGUCCCACA